AUGAACAGCACCUUGAGGGAUGCCCAGGCCCUGAGCCACCGUGAGUGCCUCCUGCCUUCCGUGGUCCGGAACCCCUCUGUCACCCAGGUCACGCCAGCCAAGAAGAUAACCUUCCUCAAGCGAGGGGAUCCCCGGUUUGCUGGGGUUCGCUUGGCUGUUGACCAGCGCGUGUUCAAGAGCUUUGGUGCUCUGAUGGACGAGCUCUCUCAGCGUGUGCCUCUCUCCUUUGGGGUGCGCUCUGUCACCACGCCCCGGGGUCUUCAUGGCCUCAGUACCCUGGAACAGCUGGAAGAUGGUGGCUGCUACCUCUGCUCUGAUAAGAAGCCCCCCAAAACACCCAGUAGGCCAGGCUGGCCACAAGGGAGAAGCCCAUCUGCUCAGCAGUCAAGGGAUUUUGAAAGCCAGUGUGAGGCACCAGGAACAUCCUCUUCCUGCAAGGGUCCUAAGGCCCCAAGGAGGAUAAUGCUGGUUAAGAAUGGAGACCCUAGAUUCCAGCAGACAGUGGUUCUCAGCCAUAGAAAUACAAGGAACCUGACGGCCUUUCUCAGCAAAGCCUCGGAUCUUUUGCACUUUCCUGUGAAGCAGGUGUACACGACAAGUGGGAAAAAGGUGGACUCUCUGAAGGGUCUGCUCCACAGUCCUUCAGUGCUAGUAUGUGCUGGCUACGAGUCUUUCAAACCUCUGGCAAUGGAAGAUUCUAGAAGAUACGGAACUGAAACUUUAUCUGGGCAGACUCCAAGAAACAAAACCGGAAGCUGGGGGCCAAAGGCCAAGCAGAGUGUGAUCCACUCAAGGUCCAGGUCAGGCAGCCGGCCACGGCGGUUUUCCUUGCUCUCAGAGAGGUCUGGUCUCAGCGACCCCCCGAUGUCCCUGCAUCACGCUCAGAUGGGCCCUGCUCCUGACAGACACCGUCAGGACAUGCCUGCCCAGCUCGGCCCAUUGGUGGCCAGUGACGAUGUUGAGAAAAAGGUCCGCAUGAACAAGGAUGGCAGCCUGUCUGUAGAGAUGAAAGUCCGCUUCCAUCUCCUUGGUGAGGAUGCACUCCUGUGGUCCAGGAGGGUGGGGAGGGCCAGUGCCUUCACAGCAGCCAGUGAGGAAGUCCCUGUCCUGGGGGAGGUGGACUCCCUCCACUGUGUGUGGGAAGACCACCCCGCGGGCUCCUCAGAGCCUGGGGCACAGGGACAGGGGCCCUGUGAGGCAGGAUGUGAAGAAGCCCUUGGCCGAGGCCGGUGGCAGCCAGGGACCAGGUAUGAGAUCUGGAUGAACCCCCUGUACUCCACCCAGGGAGAGGGGAUGGCCUCUCAGAGGAGAUCCAGGUUGACCCAACACUCCCAUUCCAGGAGGCCCUAUAGCCAAGGGUUCACCAGCAGGAAAAGAAGCAGCAAGGACAGUGUCAGCCCUGCUUCUAGUGACAGAGCCCCCAAAGACUCCGAGCCAAACUCCUCCUGCUGCUCCAGGUCUCCAGAGGGCAGUGUGGGCAGCUGCGACCUACAUUCAGUCUCAGGGGCUGCCUCCCAGAGGGGAGCAGGGUGGGAAGCUGGUGGCCCAUCCUGGACUAGUGAGGGCCCAGGUCCACAGGGAGCAGGGCAGGGCCGCAGGGAGCCCCAUAGCUGCCUGAAGCCCCAGACCCGAGACACGGCAGGUGCUCUUUCUGACUCCUCAGGGAGUGCUGGGUCUCUCGAGGAGUCUAGUGAAAGGGGUGAGCAGCACCAGGGCUGCCUGAGCAAGACAAGGGCCGUGACUACUUCCUGGACAAAGGCCAUUCAGGGGGAAGGCCCCAGUCUGCCCACGGUGAGUCCCUUGUCUUUGAGGAAUGAAGACUCUCAGGCAGAGGACAGUGGACAGGGUACCAGGCACUCCCAGGCUAAGGGCUGCCCCAGGCAACACCACACCCAAAGGCAUACCCACCGCCCACCUGACUCACCGGUGCCCAGGCAAAUGCCAGGACCUCCCAGCAGACUCAGGGCCUGCCCAAAUGGCUCAGCACCACCCCUUUCUGCAAGCUCACCCAGGGCCAGGAACCGGGCCUCCCAGGACACAGGGCCACCCUCCUCUGCCUCUCUUCAUUCCCAGUAUGUACAGGGGGUCCACAGUGCUCUCAUAACCCCUUCAGGGGCCACGGGGAAAGCAGUCAAAGCCUCAAGAAGAGGCAGCUCCAGCUGUGGCCCCAGGUCUGGGAGAAUAUUCCAGGGGAAGAAGGUUGCUGGUGGAAGGCUAAGUCUAGAGGGGCAAGAGAGAGAUGGCGGAAUGGCGCUGGGUGCUCUGCCCCGAGCCUCACCAGAAGCUGUGGUCCGUGAAUGGCUAAGCAGCAUCCCAGUGGAGCCCAUACCCAUGAAAUGUGAGAUGGUGAGUGAGAGCACAGUUGUGGCAGGGGAUGACCCAGAAGGCCCCAAGGAGGAUCCUGUUGACAAACGUUCCCCAGAAUGUCUGGGGGAACCAACGCAGGUCAGACAACCGUCUCAUGAAGGGGCCACCAGCGAGAGAGCAGAGCCAGACGGAGCCCUCCCAGUGACUGGUGAUGCUCAUCCCAAGUCAGAAGAGGGUCUUCCUUGUAGCGGAGUUUCAGAAGACCCCAGGGAGGCUGAAUCAGGCAAAGGCAUGGCCAUGGACUAUUCUGCGGGCCCAUGUGUGUUUCCGCACAACGUCUCUGCCUCCAUACAGAUCAUGAAGGCACUGAUGGGCUCCAAGCAGGGCAGGCCCAGCAGCCUGCCCGAAGUGUCCAGCACAGCGGGCAGGAGGCUCAGCCGCUCUGCCCAGGCCCUUAUCACCUGUCUUGCUGGGCUCCACUUCUUUGAUGAAGACCUUGGGUCUCCCAUUGGCAAAGUGAGGUUCAUAGACUCUCCUCGGUACCAGGAGCUCCUGAGCACCCUCCAGGCCCUGUGGCCGGGGUGCGGCCUCAGGCGUGGUGAGCCGGACUCAGGCCUCUGGGAGCUUGGCUGGUGCCAGGCUCUGCCAGGCCUCAGGUCUGACGUCAUGACAGAGGACUUCACACCGACGUCCUCAUCUGGUGUGGAUGUCGGCAGUGGCUCCAGAGGCUCAGGGGAGGGCAGUGGACCCUGUGCCAUGGAGUGCGCCCUGGUCUCUGAGAGGGUAGCACUGCCCUUAAAAAUCCCCUCCCAGAGGCCUGAUUCUAGAACCUCCAAGAACCGAGAGGAUCCAGGAAACCAACAGCUGAGUGGUUCCAUGGCCUCUUCAAAUUCCCAAGCAUGGGCUUGUGCCAGCAGAAAAGAUGAGGCAGAGAGAAACAGUGGGGGGCAGGUUCUGGGCAGGAACCUGGACCAAGUAGUUGAAAACACAAUGCAAGAAGAGGAGGUACCGCUAGAGAAAGGCGGAGAAGAAAAAGAAAUCGCAGCCCUGCAAGGAGAUGGUGUCCAGGGAUUCCCAGAAGAGGGAAGAGUCAGGGGACAAGAACUGUCAGAGGCCAACUCUCAGGAUGGGGAGGGUGCACAGGAAGAUAAGAAUGUGCAGGAAGAGGAAGCAGGAAGAGACCCUGCCUCCACUAUACUUUGCCCUCCAGGGAAAAGAGAAAAACCCACAGAGCUCCCUAGGAGCCUCAGCGACAGGGAUGCAAAUGCCAGUGGCCCCCAAAUGGAGCCUGGUUUGGAGAAGCUGCCCAAAGCCUCUGAGACACGCCAUGCACAAGCCCAGGCCAAGUGCAUCCAGGGGCCUGGGGAGACGAGCUCUUCUCCGGCCCGCAGAGUGUCUCUGGACACUGACCCCCUCUGGGUGUCCAGGUUGCUGAGGAAGAUGGAGAAGGCCUUCAUGGCCCACCUUGGCAGCGCCACAGCGGAGCUCCGAGCCCGCUGGAGCCUGCAGAACAACAGCCUGCUGGACCAGAUGGUGGCAGAGCUGCAGCAGGACCUGGGCCUGCGGCUCCGAGAUAGCACCGAGAAAGAGCUCCAGGAGAUCUGGAGCCAGGCAGCGGGGAGGUGGCCGGGGCCGGCCCGGGAAGGCCUCAGGUGGGAGAUGUCCCUGCAGAUGGAACAGCGCAGGCACCGUCUCCAGGGCCUGAGGUACCUCUCAGCCUUCUCCAGGCAGGCUGGAAGCCAGGGGCCCGGCCCCUUCCCUGCGGAAGAGGAGGAUGCACCAACCCUCAGCAGAGCCCUGGGGACCUGGCUGGUUGGGGAGGCCGAGGGGGAGGAGUUUUGUCCCUGUGAGGCCUGCAUGAGGAAGAAAGUGAUCCCCACAUCCCCGAAGGACACAACGGGGGCAUCCAGGGCACCCAUCCAAAAGGCCUUCGACCUGCAGCACAUUCUGCAGAAGAAGAAAGGGGGGUGUGCUAGUGGGGAGGCCGCAGAGGCAGCCCCUGAGAAGAGAGGGAUGGAGCCACUUCCGGAGGUCCCCUUGGGGACAGGGACUGUCCAGGGGUCCACUGGAGGCCUGGAGCUGGGGUUAGACCAGGACCCUGGGACAGAGGGGUGGGGUGGGAAAGAGCAGGGCUCUGGUGGGAAGGAAGAAAACACCGAGGAGGGCUCUGGGGCUGACACCAGUUUGCAAGGUGAGGCCUCUGGAGGAGGUGACCCAAGUCCAGGAGGACAGAAUGAUAGCAUCAAAACUGCAGAGGCCCCGGAAGCUGAAGGAGAGGGGCAGCCAGAGUCGGGGGGAGGAAACCAAGGGGAGGAAGAAGGUAGCCCGCAGGUCGGCUGGGGACAGGGCCAGCUGGUUUUGGGCUGA